AUGGCCAGGCUGCCCUGCAAGAUCAUCAAAGGAAACCAGCCUUUGCUGGCAGAAGCCAUUCCUGGCAUUAAAGCAGAAUCAGAUGAGAGCAACAUCUGUUAUUUUCAUGUGGUCAUAGCUGAUGCCCAGGAUUCCCCCUUUGAAAGAGGGACUUUUAAACUUGAACUAUUCCUUCCAGCAGAAUACCCAAUGGCAGAACCUAAAGUAUAUCUCAUGUCCAAAAUUUAUCAUCCUAAUGUAGACAAAUUGGGAAGAAUAUGUUUAGAUAUUUUGAAUUAUAAGUGGUUCCCAGCACAGCAGAUCCCCACAGUUCUGCUAUUAAUACAGGCUUUGUUAGGUGCUUCUAAUCCAGAUGAUCUAAAUGAUGGAAGACCAACGAAGACCAAACCAUAG